AUGCGACCUUUGCCCACCAAGAGAAACCCUUUGGUUGCGUCCGGCGCGGCACCGUCCUAUGAAGAGCUGGUCAGUCGCCGGCGACUGGGCAAGACAAAAUUGACAGUCAAGCCGGGCCAAGUGGGAACAUCGAAUGCAACCAAAGCAGAGAAUCUGGGCCCGUUCGAGUACGCCCAUCUACGAGCUCCUCUGCCAGAAGACCUCACCGGUUCCGAGAUUUUUGCUAGCCAGUCGAACCAAGCUCAUCCAGAAACAUAUUUCCUCAUGAGGAGAAGUAAAGAUGGCUUUGUGAGCGCGACCGGCAUGUUCAAGAUCGCUUUCCCUUGGGCGGCGCAUGUAGAGGAAAAGGAAGAGCGCGACUAUCUCAAGAGCCUUGAAACAACCAGCCAGGAUGAAGUGGCGGGCAAUGUCUGGGUUGCCCCGAAAUUUGCUUUAGAGCUCGCCGAGGAGUAUGGUCUAUCGGAAUGGAUUCGAGCACUUCUCGACCCGACAGACAUUACGCAAACGCCUUCAAGUGCAAAAAAACCAAUUGCCGCGCCUCCCAAGUUUGAGCUACCAGCGGACAAGGCUAAACCCCCUGCUUCCACUAAAGCGCCUCGUUCGAGAGCGACGAGGUCUUCAUCUCCAGCCAAAGUUGCAAGCCCGACGAAAGUGAAAGCAUCUCCCAGAAAACGACAAACAAAGGCGCAGAAAGAGGCCAAUCUAGCAAAUGCAAACGCUGCAAGCGCCACGCUUCAGUCAGCAUUAGACGACGCCGCAUCUGUGGCCGAAACAGAAUCGAAACCAGAGUCACCGGCUCUGCCUAGUCAACCCGUGACAAACCCCGAGCCGGAGAUGGUCAAGGUUGAAGUAGAUCAAUCGAUUGAAGUUGACGGCACCACGGAAACUACGCACACUACCGUCACGGUGGACAUGCCCGUGGGCGUCCCAGAAUUACCACUUCCAGAAGACACCGAAAAGAUGCUUGAGACGGCCAGAAAGAUGGUCGAAGAGGCCAAGGCUCUAGAAAGCUCCCCGAAGGUCUCGAAGAAGCGCAAAGCCCAAGAACCAGAGCCAAGUGAUAUUGAUGCAGAACUUCCAGUACAGCCUGUGAAGAAGGCGAGAGUGUUGGAGGAGAAAUUGAAGAGAGAAAAGGUGAGGACCAGGGCAAUUUUCGGAGUCACGGCGACACUGGCUAUAGCCGCUGCAAUUCCAUACUUUUUCUGA